AUGGACCAGGAUUGCUGGAAUGUCAUAUUGGAUUAUCUCAACGUGGAAGACCAGCUAAGCCUCGCUUCCUCUGACGUGUGUUUCGGUGUGAUCUUCAAGGGUUACGCAAGCCAUCGCUACAAAAAUAUUGAUGACGAGCUGACGAGUAGGACUAGCGACAAAGAUCUCAAGCAACUGUUGCAGAUCGUUGGCGAGAAUGUGGAACAUUUGGAAAUGACUUUUGAAAGCACCAAGGCCGGAUGGGAUUAUCUAAACAGUCUGAAAAAGCUAAAAUCUCUGCACGCCAAUAUGAACUUCGAAGAAGAAGAUGGGGAUAGGUUUUGUACGGGUUUCAUAGUAAAUCUCAAGAAAUUUACUUGCCUGCGGAAACUGAAGUUGAACGGUUUCGAAUUUAGCGUAAAAGGAUUGCAUGUUCUUGAUCAACUGGAAUCUCUGGAUCUGCGUUUAUCUCAUAGAUUCGAUGCCAAGAACUUGGCGUAUUGCUGCCAAACGAUGAGGCAAUUGCGGCAUCUGCGUUUUGGAGCUAUUGAAAACAUCGGUAAGAAUCAUUUUGAAAUUCUGGUGACAAACUGCAAGCAGCUGGAACGUCUGUCCUUUGGCUUACGGUUCGACGACUCUAUGGUGCCCUAUGAGCUAGUCUGCCGGUUGCCCAGGCUGCAGCAUUUGGAGGUAUGGCACUCAGGUUCUAUACACGACUCUUUUAUCGAGGGAUUGAUGAACAAACAGGGCUCUCCUCUGGAAAGUCUUAUCCUGGAACGUUGCGCGCUGUCCGCGGAUCAGAUUAAGAAUCUUUGCAGCAUUUCUACACUUAAGGAACUCAGUAUUUCCUGCGCCACCGUCCCCUUGGAGGAUUUACGGAAGCUGAAGAUCCUUCUAUUCUUCCACAUAUACGUGCCAAGCAUUACGGAUGACCAAAUUCUGGACCUCCUUAAGGGUCUUCCUCGCCUAAAAUACCGGCAGUACUGA